UAGAUAACAUUAACAUUAUCACCGAAACAAGUGUGUAGGAGCUAAUUGUUGUUUUAUACUCCAAAAUGAAUAAAUAUUUUUGUCCAUUACUGAGCGUACUGAAGUCACGAACUGUGACGGCCUUGAGUCGUUCCCAUUUCACCUAUUAUCCUGACAAGUCGCCCAAGGAAGCUACAUUCACGGAUAAUGGCAGUGAAAAAAUGAAUAUGGUUCAAGCAAUCAAUAAUGCUAUGGACUUAGUACUUGCACAAGAUUCUAAAGCGCUACUAUUCGGUGAAGAUGUAGGUUUCGGUGGGGUGUUUCGUUGUUCAGUUAAUUUGCGCGAUAAGUACGGCAAAGAUCGCGUGUUUAAUACUCCACUUUGUGAGCAAGGAAUAGCUGGAUUCGCAAUUGGUGUUGCGAAUGUGGGUUCCACAGCUAUAGCUGAAAUACAAUUUGCCGACUAUAUUUUUCCAGCAUUUGAUCAAAUUGUUAACGAAGCUGCGAAAUGUCGUUAUCGCAGUGGUGGCUUGUUUGAUUGUGGCUCUUUGACGUUCCGUGUACCGUGCGGUGCUGUAGGUCAUGGUGCUCUUUAUCAUUCUCAAAGUCCGGAAGCUUACUUUGCACAUACGCCUGGUUUAAAAGUGGUAGUUCCUCGAGGACCGAUCAAGGCUAAAGGAUUGCUACUAGCUUGCAUACGGGAUCCUAAUCCAUGCAUAGUGUUUGAACCAAAAACCCUUUACAGGGCUGCUGUUGAGGAAGUGCCUACAGGAGAUUACGUCUCCGAAUUGGGGAAAGCAGAAGUUCUGCAUAAAGGAAAAGAUAUCACUUUGAUUGGAUGGGGAACUCAGGUGCAUGUACUACUAGAGGUAGCAGAAAUAGCAAAGAAAGAGCUUCAGUUAAAUUGCGAAGUCAUUGAUUUAGUAUCUAUUUUGCCUUGGGAUCGUGACACAAUAUAUAAGUCUGUUAAGAAGACAGGUCGAGUUAUCAUUGCUCACGAAGCGCCACUUACUCAAGGUUUCGGAGCGGAGUUAGCUGCCUCUAUACAAGAAAAUUGCUUUUUGCACUUGGAAGCGCCAGUGAAGCGCGUUACUGGGUGGGACACCCCAUUCCCACAUGUUUUUGAACCAUUUUACUUGCCUGACAAAUAUCGCUGCCUUUCUGCCAUAAAAGAGUUGGCAAAUUAUUAAAACGCGGUAGGUGUAAAUUUCAACGAUAUUUAUUAAUGACGCUUAAGUUUUGGAAACGGAUGCAUUUAUAUUUGUUUGUAUUUAUACGAAUUAGAUUAUCUACGUUUUAUAUUAAAUAUGUGCAAUUUUAUACAUAUUAAGCUAAAACUAAAGAAAUAAAAAAACAACUUAGAACUAUUGCAAAAAGAUUUUAAUUAUAACAUUUGUGUGCAUGUCACACAUAACUACUGAAGGGACAAGAAACAACUCAUAUUAAGAAAAACCUUUACUUCACAACAAGAUAAAUGAUUAGAGCGAAAAUCACAUUUAGAAUUAAAAUAAUAUAAAGAUACUUAAAAUAUCAUUUGUCUUUUUUGACAAUUCAUGUCCCUUGUACGGUUACUGAGCGAUAUAAACAGAUUAGAGAAACAAAAUAUUUUAAUUCGUAGAACUUACAAAAUUGGGCCCUUAAAAGCCCCAAUCCAUGUUUCAAAUUUAUGUAUUUGAGACAAAAUAUUGAUCUAAAAAAUGUGUGUCAAUUAUGUUAAUUCCAUUUC